AUGUCUUCGGAUGGACUCAAUCGACGUAAAAGAGUUGUCAAUAGGAAUGGCGACUCAAAUGAGGAUAACAUGUCGUCUCGAGUGAUGUCACAAGAAGUGUCGCCCGAAAGCACACAAAACCAGAGUAUUUUAAAGCGAGUGAUGAGUCUAAUGGCACUCUCGAUGGCUAUCCUUGCGAUGGUUUACUACUACACGACUCAAUCCAAUGACACCAAAGAACUAGUGAUGACUUCCGUCACUCAAGACAUCCCGUGGGAACCCCGGGCCAGAGGUAACAAGUUUUGGGUGGACAGACACCAUGAACUGAUCGAUCAGACGGUCGCACAUAAAACCGAUGCGAAGAUCGUAUUCGUGGGCGACUCCAUCACACAUUUAUGGCAGAGCCGCGGGAAAGUCGUUUGGGACAAGUAUUACGCGGCGAGACAUGCGUACAAUUACGGCAUUCGGGGCGAUCAGACUCAACACGUGAUCUACAGAAUUCAAAAUCAAGAAUUUGAUGGACUCUACCCCAGAGUCACUAUUCUCAUGAUUGGCACAAACAAUGCCUACGGCGGCAAUACGGUUGAGGACAUCGCGCAUGGAGUUAACGAAACGGUGAAGCAAUUGUUGGGCAAAAUGCCGAACACUGAGCUUAUUCUGUUGGGAGUACUGCCCAGACCUGAGCCAUUGGGUGCUAAAGUGAAACAAGUGAAUGAAUUGAUCGCGAAAUUGAAUAACGAUAAAAACGUCUUCUUCCUGGACAUGUGGUCAGCCUAUGAGACGGAUGGCAAACAACACACAGAGCUCUACGUGAAAGACAAACUACAUCUCAAUGAGAAGGGGUAUGAGGUGUGGCAGCAGACUAUGGAACCACUGCUUAAGAAGUUGGACCCAACUCUUUAAACUAUAAUCAAAAUGUUUUUCCUUUUAUUUGUAUUAAUGUUUAGUUUCCAGAAUAAAAGUUUUUAAUAAUCAA